GUUUCUGUUUCUACUUUUAUAUAAUUGUAUGAAUCAAUGAAUAGUGGUAGCAGUAGUAUCAGUAGUGAUCAUCGUCAAUCAAAUAAAAAUUCAUCAAUUUCAUCAUCAUCAUCAUCAGUGAGCAAUGUCGUUUCUACGAUGAUAAAUCGUUCAGCCAGUGGUAAAAGUUGUAAUAGUAUUGCUAGUCUAGGAAUCGGUUCAGGUGUAUCAAAUUUAUCGCCCAAUGAACAACAACAGCGAAAUUUAUUGAAGAAAAAAUUGGACAUUGAAUUAGUGAAACCUAAACCGGAAAAUAGUCAACAUAUGAGCCAUGAUCAUGGUUCACCUAUGUAUGAUUGUAUUCUAUUCCUAAUCUAUUGUAUUGAACAUGAUCGUUUUGCUGUUACAAAUGUUAAUGAUGAUCAUCAAACUAUUUGGUUACCAUUUGUAAGUCGUGAUGGUAAUGAUUGGAGUAGAGCAUCGGAACUUGGAUUAUUAUCAAUGUUUGAAAAACGUGAUCCAGAUGGUGUUGUCACUAAUCAUGUGAAUAUUUCACAUACAACAAAAAUGAUUGAAUUAUGUCAUAUACAAACAGUAUCCGGACGUUGGAUUCAACGUGCCACACAAUUUAUAACGAUAACACGUUGUCAGAAAACAUGUCAACCAAUUAAUUCAAUACAAUGGAUGAAUGCAGGUAAUAUUUUAAAAGAUGAUAGCGCUAUUUGGGGACCAGAAUUUCGUAAAUAUCUUGAACAUCUUGAAAGACAUUAUUCGGAAUUACAAGUGGUUGAAUAUCCAAUAGAUUCUGUAUUACGUUAUCAUUUAACACAUAGUAAUGAACGUUCGGAUAAACAAUCAGUGACCGCUAUUUCGGGCCUGAUGAAAGCACGAAAUCUUUCAUUGAAAUUAUUGACCGAUCUUUAUGAACACUAUAUACGACAUACAUUUCCAUCGUAUUAUAUGAAUUUUGGUUCAUUUAAAAUCUAUCUACAAAAAUGUGGUCUCAAAUCGGAUAUUAUUUCUGCACAAGCAAAAUAUAUGUUUAAUUGUUGCUUAAUACGAACAAAUCGUGAUUGUAAUGGUGCAACAUAUGUUGAUUUCCAUGAUAUAUGUUAUCUAUUAUUAGUAUUGGAUCCUGAAAUUCCAGAUGAUAAUAAAUAUAGACAAGCAUUUGUUAUAAAUUUUAUUGAUCAACAAAAUAUGUCUGAUUCAUCAGAAGAUGGUGAAAAUAAUAAAUCAUCACAUAAUGUAAUGCCACAAAAAUCAAAACAUUCUAGUCUUAAUAAAGUGCAUUCAAUGGUUUUAUCCGCUAUGAAUCGUCAACCUAAUAAACAACCAAUAACAAAGACGGCUAAAUCAAACAAUGUUGGUGAUAUGAAUGAAUCGAUAAUUGGUCCGACAAAGCUAACCAAAAGUGUAUUUGCAAAAUUAACUAAAAUGAAGAAAAAACAAACUGAACGAUUAGUUUCAGAUAAAGCUAAUCUUACACGUGGUCUAUGUCGAAAUUGUCGGGUAAAAUCAUUCGAAUAUGGACAACAUUGUAUCAUGUUUGAUUCGAUGGGUCGAUGUGUGGAACCGAAAAUUAUUCUUAAUGCUGAAAAUCAAUUCAUACCGAUUAGCAAAUUAGAAGGAAAUAAACUUUAUUCCGCUGAACAUGUUUUCAAACCAGAUUCGAUCGGAAAUAUAUUAUUCGAUUAUAUGCGUAAUCGUAAAUUUUUAGCAAACACUUUGUCAACUACCGGCAUACAACAUCAUCCAACGGCAAUUAUGCCCGAUGAUGAUAAUACAACCGAACGAUUAGGAGGAGGUGCAGGCAGUAUGGAUGAUGUAGAAUUUUUGGAUAUAAAUGCUAUACAAGCUAUUUGUGAUUGUACACGUAAAUUACUCAAAUAUGAACCAAAAUUAAUAAAACGUUCUGGAUCGACAGUGAUUAUUGGUGAUAUACGUGGUGAUUUUGAUACAUUACUAACGAUGGAACAAUCAUUAUGGCCAACAGUACCGGUUAUUGCACAGAAUCUAGUAUUUCUUGGUAAUUAUACGGGCAACAGUAAAAAAACAAUUCAUGAUUAUAAUAUUGAAACGAUUAUCUAUUUAUUUGCUGUGAAAUAUCUUUGUCCAAACAAAGUAAUUCUAUUGAAAGGUAUUAAUGAAACACGUGCAUAUAAUGAAAAAACAUUAUUAGUCGAAUGUCGUAAUCGAUAUGGUGAUGAACGAGGUGGUCGUAUAUGGCGAACAAUUAAUCAAGUAUUCGAUGAAUUACCAUUUGUAUGUAUUAUUAAUGAAUCAAUUGUAUGUGCAUCAUCCGGUAUACCAAAAGAUUCAUUAAGACAUAAAUUAUCAACAUAUUUUGAUAGCUAUGUAAUGGAUACAAAAUCAUCAACAGUUUGUGGUAAUUUUGCUAAUAAUAAAGAAUUUGCCCUUUUUCAGCAUAUACUUGUCAAUAUUCCUGAACAUACACAGCCACCACAAAAUCACUCACCAUCGGAAUCCAAAUCAACCCAUCUAUUCAAAGAAAAUCCUGCCUUACCGAAUGGAUUUAUCUUUUCACGUGAAGCAUUUCUACAAUUUAUGUCAUUGAAUAAUUUUAGCUAUAUGAUUCGUAGUAAUGAAGAACCACCAUAUACAGCAUAUAUGAUGAAUGGUUAUCAUUUAUUAAAUGAUAAUCGAUUAAUUUCAAUCAUUUCUAAUAUUUAUAUUGAUGAAUCUGGACAACAAAAAAGAAAUAAAGCUAUCGUUGCAUACGUUCAUCAUCCGGAUGGUCGUAUACAAUUAAAACAAUUGGAAAAUGAAUAUCAAAAACAGUCAACAGCCAAACAACGAAUGUCUCCGAAUGUUUUUUUCAAUAAAAAUCAAUGAUGCGAAAGAAAAGAGAGAGCAAGAAAAAAAUCCAAAAAUUUUUUCAUCAUUCAUCCAACGGAUUGAAUUAAUUGAUUUAAUCCAUCAAGAAAAGAAGUGAAAAAGAGAUAAAGGGAAUGUAAAU